CAACAGUAAUAACAGCAGCAGCAGCCCUCAGCAACAGUAAUAACAGCAGCAGCAGCCCUCAACAACAAUAACAACAGUAGCCCACAACAACAGCUCACAGCAGCAGCAGCAGCAGCCCUCAACAACAGCAGCCUACAACACCAACAGGCCACAAAAAUAACAUCAGCCCACAACAGCAGCCCACAAUAACAGCCCUCAACAGCAGCCCACAACAGCAGCCCACAACAACAGCCCACAACAACAGCCCACAACAGCAACAGCCUACAACACCAACAGCCCACAACAUCAGCCCACAGCAACAGCAGCAGCCCACACCAAGGAGGAGGAGCAGCAGCAGCAGGAGGAGAGAAGGUGUCAUAAUAAAGGAACAUGCCAGUGUAUAAAGUGGCUAUCCGAGCGCAGCUUGAGAAUGUGACAAAUUUGCAGGCCCUGGGUGACGACUUCCAGUACUGUAUUAAGACCAGAUGCAACUCGUGCAAUGAAGUGAGUGAAAAAUGGCAAUAUGUGUCUGCUGCCGAGAAGGUGGACGUGCCCAAGUCUCGGGGCACAUGUAACAUGCUCAUCAGGUGCAAACUGUGCAACCGUGUCAACACCAUGGAUGUUCUGAGUGACAGAAAGCAAGCAUACACAAUAGAUGAUGUUCCCAAUUUCAAGGAGAUUAUUGCCUUUGAGUGCAGAGGCCUCAGCAUUGCUUCCUUCAAGUUUAGUGAUGGGUGGCAGUGCGAAGGAGCGGAGAGCAAGACGGCCUUCACGGGGCUGAGUCUGGACGAGGAGUGGUGCGAGUACGAUGAGAAUGCGAAUUGCCCCGUCGGAAUUUCUGAGGUUGAGUACAAAAUUAAUUGAUGGUGGUCUCUACUGAAGCUGUGUAACCAAUAUGGUUUAUGUUGCUAUCUUUGAUAUUGAACUACUGAAAUGUAAUAAUCCAAUUUAAAAUCAUUGAUGUUGGGUGAUUGUUAUGCAUGUGAUAGGUUUUGUACUGUAUAGGAAUGACUGGCAUUACUGCUUGAGGCUUUUACACAUGAUAAUUUGUUAUUAAAGUACAGUACUGUUAUAAAGUUUGGUUUUUACCUGUGAUAUUAAGAGCAUUAAAGGUUAAGAAAUGA